AUGACCGUCACCGAGCCUGUGAUCGUAUAUGUGACCAAAGGAGCACCAAGUCUCUUCUCGACAAGCGUCAUUCACCACGCACCCAGCGUCAACAACUCAUCGGUGUCGUCAGCAAAUCCAACGGUAGAACCGUCUGAUGAGCUGACAACUACAUCUUUGAAUUUCGUGACUAUCCAUUCCACUGCAACGUCGGUCGUUCGUGUGACUGUUUACCCAACAUCAUCAUCAUCACCUGCUUCUUCGUCUUCGAUCCUGCCGUCCUCAACCGGGAGCACCGUGAGUGUGGAUGGAUCGCCUAUAGAGACCAGUCAUGCCAGUGCAACGUUAGUUGUUCCUAUGACCACUAACUCGGCAACACCAUCGCUUCCUUCGUCUUUGUUGUUGCCGUCCCCAGAUGAGAUUCCUCCUGGGGUGACAGCUCAUGUCACUUCCACGAGUGUUUACCCGAGUACAUCGUUACCUUCUUCUGUGUCUUCGUUGUUGCCGCCCUCAAGUCAGAGCGCCUCUAUAGUGACAGCCCGUGUCACUUCCACAAGUGUUAUUCCACUAACCGUUUACUCGACAACAUUGCCAUCUGCUCCAUCGUCAUUAAGUGAGACUGCUCCACUUGAGACUGCCCCUGUCGUGACAGCCCACGUCACUUCCACAAGUGUUGUUCCAGUGACCGUUUACUCGGCUACAUCGUUACCUUAUACCGUGCCUUCGUUGUUACCGUCCUUUAGUGAGACCACUUCACGUGAGACUGCUCCUGUUGCGACAACCCAUGUCACUUCCACAAAAAGUGUUCACCUGACGUUGGAUGGAUCGACUUCUACAGGGGCAGCAGAAACUAUACAUGUAGCAGAUACCACAUAUGCCAUGGAUGCCAACAUUCCCACCACAACCUCUCAACCAGGCCAAGGCAUACUUACUGUUAAUCCAGUUACGCCGUCUGGCUUUAUCACGAUCACUGAGACUCAGACCGAGACAAAAACGGUUACAGAUCGCAUUACUGAGACUGUUACUGCCACUGUUACUCGGAAUUAA